UGAUGACGUAGUUUAUUGAAGGAGAGGAAAGGCUCAGUCCGCCACCGUCCUGAGAAGAGAUUCGGUCAUGUCUUCGAAACUUUGCAAGCUUUUUGUCGGAGGACUAAACGUGGAGACUACGGAUGAAGGUCUCCGCAAGUAUUUCGAGCAGUAUGGCGCGCUGACGGACUGUGUUGUGGUGAUGAACCAGCAGCUCGGCAGGUCCCGUUGUUUUGGCUUCAUCACCUACUCCGCACCAGAGGAGGCCGACGCGGCAAUGGCGGCUAAGCCACAUGUUGUAGAAGGUAACAACGUGGAACUGAAGAGGGCCAUCGCUCGGGAGGAUGCUAAUAACCCAGAUAUUGUCGCCAACGUGAAGAAGAUUUUUGUCGGCGGGGUGAAAGACCACGUGGAGGCCGAGAACCUCACCGAGUAUUUUUCCCAGUUCGGCCGGGUGGAGAAGUCCGAGAUCAUUUCCGACAAGCAGACCGGCAGAAAGCGAGGCUUCGGCUUUGUCUACUUCGAGGACACUGACUCCGCCACCAAGGCGGCGCUCGCCAAAUACCACACCAUCAGCGGGAACAAGGUGGAGGUGAAGAAAGCCCUCACCAAGCAGGAGAUCUCCACCGUCGGCCGCGGACGGGGCCGAGGCAGAGGCAUGCAGAAUUACGGCGGCGGCAGCAGAGGAGGCGGCGGCGGCUAUGGCGGAAGCUACGGCGGAGGUUAUGGCGGCAACUAUGGAGGAGGGUACGGCUACGGCGGCGGCUACAACGGCAGCGGAGGUGGCUACGGCGGUUACGGCGGAUACGACGACUACGACAGCCAGAUGGGCUCCGGAUACAGCAACGGAGAGUUCGGAGACGGUUAUGGACAACAGCAGUCGAGCUAUGGAGCAAUGAAGGGGGGGAGCUACUCCUACAGGAGCGGAGCGCCGUACAGAGGCGCCGGGGGAGGAGGGGGCUACAGCCGGGGUGGUGGUUUUGGCGGUGGCUAUUAGAGCCCCCACUCAAUUCUGAUUUUCACGGGGGGGUAAAUCGACAGGGACUUGAAUUUCCACACAUCACACGAUACCUUGCGGGCGCGUGCGGCCUCUGCGCGUUACGAGCUGCGCCCCUUUCAAAUGAAUGAGAGACUGACCCAGAUCCGCCGCCCCCGCACAUUAAGGACCUUACUACUACUAAGAUUUGUCAGCUGUAUUUUUGUUGUGUUUUUAAAAAGAAUUUGCUCGUUUCGAACCAUUUGUAAAGCUGUAAUCUUCUGACAGUCCCGCUUCGCAGCUCGUCUCCCUCUGUCCAGCCGGAUCAGUUAUCUGUUCUGUUUGCAUCAUAAACUCAGGGUUCAUGGAGAAAUCGGAGGCAGUGUCUCGUCUGGUAGCACGGUUCUAGAUUGAUGCUUGAGUUUCUUGAUCUUAAGAUUUUUUGUGGCAAAAAUAUUUUCUGAAAAUGUCACGAAAUUUUGAGUGUCAUUUACCUUCUCUCCCCCCCCCACGAUGUUUUGUUUAGAUUAAACAUUUUUUGAAGUCGAUGUGUUCAGUUCACCCCUAUGUUUUUAUUCUGAUUUUAUUAAAGUUUUUAAUGUUUCACACAUCUA